AAAAUUGUAUACACAUAUAUAAAUAUCUGUGCCGUGGUUGCAUUAACUUUCUCUUCUAAAAAUAGUCAGUUUGUUUGAGAUUUUCAUGUAGGUUGUGUUUCAAAUAUGUCAGCCAAUGUUUCAAUUCAUAACUUUAGCCGGUGAAGAUUAAGGUGAUUUAAUGUUUAAUUUUUAUCAAAUGUUGAGUGAAGUUUUGUGUAUUCACUCUACCAUGAAAUUAUUCUAAUGUCUCUCCGGGAACUUGCUUUACGUAAUUCUAUUAGUUUCAUGUGGUUAUGUAAUUAUAUUGCAAGUUUCGAAACGCUGAGCACCUAAUCACAUUGAGGACCACUGCUUUUUGGUGCAUAUGUUCUCCAAUUUUUGAGUUAAUCCUAUCGUCAUUUGUUCAGAGAGUGUUGGUAAAUUAUAAGAUUGGAACCAAGUGCGGACUCUAACAAGGUGAUGUGCUUUAUGGUUUAGCAUUUCAACUAUGAAGUCUGAUAAAUUUUUAGAGAUGAAGAUAUAAAGUGUGCAGUUUGAUGUAAACACACUAUUAUAUGUGGUGUAGGCCUACAUUGUGGAAUAAAAGAAGAUGUGUCUAUGUCAUGGAAGAUAUUAGCAAACUAAGAAGACUAUUGCAGUUUUCCUUCCAUCUAGAAUUCUAUUUCAGGGAUUACAUUUUCUCCUUUAUGGCUAUUUCACACAAUUGUAGCACGAGGAAGGUUUUCCUUACCGGCUCCAUCAUUGCCUCAUGAUCGACAUUGGGCCCCAUAUCAUGCUGUCAUGGCAACGCCAUUGCUUGUUGCUUUUGAGUUACUCCUUUGUAUACAUCUUGAGAGCAGUUAUGUUGUAAACUUGAAGAUAGUGUUUGUGCCUUUGCUGGUUUUCGAAGCAGCUAUUUUGAUUGACAAUAUCAGGAUGUGUAGGGCAUUAAUGCCUGGAGAUGAAGAAAGCAUAAGUGAUGAAGCGAUAUGGGAAACCCUUCCUCACUUCUGGGUUGCAAUAUCUAUGAUCUUCUUCCUUGCUGCAACAAUAUUCACUCUUCUGAAGUUAUGCGGUGAUGUUGCUGCCCUCGGUUGGUGGGAUUUGUUUAUAAAUUUUGGAAUUGCAGAGUGCUUUGCUUUUCUUGUUUGCACAAGGUGGUACAAUCCGGCAAUUCACAGGCACUCUUCCCUUAGAGAAUCCAGUUUGUCUCCAUUACCUAUAACAUAUUUUGACCAUAAUAGAGGCUUUGUAGUUUCUGCUGAUGACCGGCAUCAGAGUAGUGGGAUAUGCAACCUACAAGACAUUGGUGGACAUAUUAUGAAAAUCCCAUUCAUCUGUUUCCAGAUUCUACUUUUUAUGCAUUUAGAGGGAACACCAUCUGGUGCUAGACAUAUCUCAUUCCGGGUUAUUUUUGCUCCUCUGUUUUUGAUACAAGGAGCUGGGGUUGUGUAUGCUGCAUAUAGAUUGAUUGAGAAGAUUGCUCUUUUAUUACAUAGCAGUAUUGCGGUUGGAAGAUGCUUGACUGUUGCAUCAAAAGCUUGUGAUUGCUUGGACUUCUUGCAUCAUGGUUCCAGGUUGCUGGGUUGGUGGUCAAUUGAUGAAGGAAGUCGAGAAGAACAGGCUCGACUCUAUUGUGCCGACACUUCUGGAUACAACACCUUCUCACCCGAUGUUGUGAAAAAAUUGCCUAAAAAGGAACUUGUUGAGGAGAUUUGGAGAUUACAAGGUGCACUAAGUGAACAAACUGAAAUCACGAAGUUUAGUCAGCAAGAGUAUGAAAGACUUCAAAAUGAGAAGAUUCUAUGUAGAGUUUGUUUUGAAGAACAAAUUAGCAUAGUCCUGCUUCCAUGCAGACAUCACAUCCUAUGCAGCACGUGCAGUGAGAAGUGUAAGAAGUGCCCCGUCUGCCGUGUCUUUAUUGAAGAGAGACUGUCCAUAUACGAUGUUUAGCAUUAGCUUUGUCUGCGGAGACUUCAGAAUUGACUGCAUUCUCAACCAGUACCAAGAUUAAAAGGUGAAGAAUAACUUUUCCUCUUAAGAAACUGUAAUUGGGUUGGGUCUUUUAAUUGUGAUGGGACAACGUCUAACGUCUAUUUUAUAUUUGUAUAUAGUUUCUGUGUAAAAAUCAUUAAAGCCCGUUUUCAAAAUUUUAUCGAAUCCGAACCUGUAAUUUGAAAUUUAAUUUUAGUGGAGUUGACCUUUUGAUUCUUAAAAAGAAGCAACAAAAAAAUUGUUGUUAAAAGAAAUUAGGUACAUUCAUGUCAAUGUAAUACAAUUAUUCCAUUAUGGUGAACUUGUUGAAACAUUCGGUUUCAAUUAUUCUA